AUGGAGCCUUUUCGCGUGCGUCUCAACUGCAUCGAUCACUACCAGGCGACCGCGUCGGAGCUCGACCCUGCGUUGCCCUUUCGAGAUGGUGCCUCUGAAAAAGAUUUCAGGCCAAAAGUGCCUGUGAUACGGGUGUUUGGCGCGACUGAGACUGGCCAACGGGUAUGCGUUCAUGUCCAUGGCGUAUUCCCAUAUCUGUAUGUCGAAUACAAUGGUUCUUUAGCACCCGAAGCAGUCAAUUCGGCCAUACGCACCCUCCACCUCUCAAUAGACCAUGCCUUGGCGGUUAGCUAUCAUCGCAACGCCUACGACCGGAAAACCGCAUACGUCGCACAUAUUUCCUUGGUCAAAGGGAUCCCCUUCUAUGGCUAUCACGUCGGCUACCGGUUCUUCUUCAAGGUUUACCUCCUCAAUCCUUUCUCUUCUGGCCGACUUGCCGAUCUUCUCCAUCAGGGUGCGGUGAUGAAACGCCCAUUACAACCAUACGAAGCCCACAUGCAAUUCGUUCCGCAAUGGAUGUGCGACUACAAUUUGUACGGGUGUGCAUAUAUGGAUUGCGAAAAGGUGAAAUUUCGUUCACCCGUACCAGAGUAUCUGGAGUUAGUCAAUCCCGACCAUCGAUGGCAUGACCGCUCUAUCCGUCCCGAAGACAUACUCGAUGACCCGGCCCUCCAAAAACAGAGCCAUUGUCCACUAGAGGUGGACGUCUGCGUACAGGACAUUCUCAAUAGAUUUGAUGUCAAAGAACGUCCCCUGCACCAUGACUUUAGCGAGCUUUUGAGACCCGUUGCCUUCAACGAACGCCUUGUUCCCAGCGUGGCUGGACUUUGGCAGGACGAGACCCGGCGACGUAAGAAACGAAUGGGUAUAACGGACCCCGGCAGCACCCCUUUCAAACCGGAAGAACUGAUUUCGAUGUCUGCUGAUCCUAGAAAUCAAUCUAAGGGAGGCUGGGUACAUGAGGACGAGUUUCAAGAGUUGGCCUCACAACUGGCUAAGGAAGAACGGCGAGCUGAUGGCGACACGGAUACAUCAUUUGAAAUAUUCACGAAUUUCGAAAAAGAACAGGAAUGGAUUCAAACCGCCUUGAAUAGCGUGGAGGAUUUCUACCCAGACAGACUGGACAAGUCAAAACAGAGUUUUCGCCAGGAAUUGGAUGAAUUGGCCAGAGUUUCCGUUGAUGAAGACCUUGCGCGAUCUUCUCAGCCUGAUGGGCAAUAUCUGUCAGAUGAUGAGCAUAGUAUCAAAGAAGACAUCAACGAGGAGCCCAGGGUCAUUGAAGAUCAUGAUAUUCAAGAAAGUUUCUACGAUGGUGUAUUUGACGACAUUUUUCAACCACAUGAUGACGCACCCGAGGAGCUCGUGCAAGGGGGCAUCUCGAAAUAUCCUUACGACGAAUUGACAAGCGAUUCACCUGUAUCGAGGCCAAAACCGAGCUAUGAAGACCACAGUAUGGACGGAAAUGUUAAUAGUAUCCUUAAAAGGAGUUUCACUGAUCUUGCUCAUCACGACCGCCCAUCAGGGAAAAAGCCGAGAUUCUGGAGCAACCCAGGCUUGUCUGAAAAGAACAAUCGCGGUAGCUUGGGCGAGGUGAACCCGAAUCUGGAUUCGAAACCUCUGUCAUCACAACCCACAUCAUCUUCGUCUCAAAAGACAGUUCGGCCAAGAUCUCACAUGCCUCUAUCCAGCAGUCGAUUGAACUAUCCCGUUGUCAAAGAUCCCUAUGACCCUUUGACGAUUUCACGGUUUAGCCAAGAUGAUGGCCCAUCGAAGAAGGGAAAUAAAUCUUCACAGCACCUACCAUGCUCUUUCCCAAGUGGAUCUGCCACCAGUUCUUCAGAGAAUGGCGGCGGUGGAGCAAUCUCUUCUAUUCCUCGGUCUUCUACCACUGUAGUAGAAUCGGUUGCUCUCAAUUCGCAUGUCGCCAAGAUCAAGGAGAAUCUGUGCGACUCCUUCAGUUUUCCUGAAAACACGACUGUCUCUCUUUUCAGGUUCCCCGCCCCUGGCAAAACUGAGGUUACUUCGACAAUGCAUGACAAUCACCGCCCAUCUGUUGUCUAUCAAAAGGCAUAUUACAGCAAUGAGACAGAUGUUCCUGAAAGACCACGACAAUACGCCGGGCGAGAAUUUCGAUUAGAAAGCGACACAGUGCACUACCUCCCAGAAUUCGACCUAUCAGCAAAUCACCCGGCCAUGUUUGGUCUACAAUCACCGAUUACCUUUGAUCGGGAAAAACAAGAAAAGGUCGACCAGGAAUUGCGGGAAUCUUGCACCGCAAGAACGUGGAAAUUUGCACCGGUUCCUCCUAGCCGGUCUGAAGUUGUCGAGUGGUUUAAUAACCUCCACGCGUCUCAAGAUUCCACCUCAUCUAAGCCCGCAAUUGCCAAUGCCGAAGCGAGGCCUGAAGCAAUGUCACAGAUCGAAGGACCAACACAAAAGCCCCACGGGUUCAAAUACUCUCAAAAGGCGAAGACUACCAGCGUCGAGCACCAAGCCCAGUACAUGAGCACAAUGAGCUUGGAAGUACAUGUGAAUACUCGCGGUGCUUUCUCGGCACACCCCGCGGAGGAUGAAAUUUCAUGUAUCUUCUGGGGUCUUCACUCUGAAGACGAGGAUAUCGAGGUCAAUAGCCACCUACCUGGUGUCCACAUCGGAAUGAUCUACCAAGGCGAAGGCGAAAGACCCGAAUCCAAGAUCUCGAAAGCGCUCAAGAUCGAUAUGGAAAAUGAACCCACAGAGCUUGACAUGAUCAAUCGUCUGGUAGAUAUCGUGCGCUACCACGACCCGGACAUUAUGAUUGGGUAUGAAGUUCACAAUGGCUCCUGGGGCUAUGUCAUUGAGCGAGCUAGGAAAAAGUAUGAUUUCGACCUCACCGCGGAACUUUCCCGAGUAAAGUCGCAGUCUCACGGCAAGUUUGGACGGGAAGAGGAGCGUUGGGGUGCUGAUCACACCUCUUCCGUACAGAUAACUGGCCGACAUGUCAUCAAUAUUUGGCGUGCGAUGAGGGGUGAGAUGAAUCUGCUAGGAUAUACCAUGGAGAACGUCGUCUUCCAUUUGCUUCAUCGACGGAUACCACACUACUCGGCUAAGGAUCUCACAAAGUGGUAUCAGAGCGGGAAGCCUCGCAACGUUUAUAAGGUUGUGGAGUAUUUUACAUCGCGCAUGCAGAUGAAUCUGGAAAUCCUCGAGGCCAAUGAAUUGAUCCCGCGGACAAGCGAGCAGGCUCGUUUGUUGGGAAUCGAUUUCUCUUCGGUCUACUUCCGAGGCUCUCAAUUCAAAGUCGAGUCGCUCAUGUUCCGAAUUGCCAAACCCGAGAACUAUCUGCUGGUAUCGCCUAGCCGAAAACAAGUUGGCCAACAGAACGCCCUGGAGUGUCUCCCCCUGGUCAUGGAACCGCAAAGCGACUUUUACACCAGCCCGCUGGUGGUUCUUGAUUUCCAAUCCCUCUAUCCGAGUGUGAUGAUCGCGUAUAACUACUGCUAUUCGACUUUCUUGGGAAGGGCAUCACAGUGGCGUGGCCGAGACAAGAUGGGCUUCAUGGAUUACAAGCGUCAGCCAAGGUUGCUGGAACUGCUCAAAGACAAAAUCAACUUCUCACCGAACGGCAUGAUGUAUGCGAAGCAAGAAGUGCGCCAAUCCCUGUUAGCAAAGAUGCUUACGGAAAUCCUUGAGACUCGUGUGAUGGUCAAGACGGGUAUGAAGGCAGACAAAGAUGAUAAGAUUCUUCAACGUCUAUUGAACAAUCGUCAGUUGGCCCUCAAGCUUAUCGCGAACGUCACAUAUGGUUAUACGUCUGCAUCUUUCUCGGGUAGAAUGCCUUGCUCCGAGAUUGCAGACAGUAUCGUACAGUCUGGCCGUGAAACACUGGAGAAGGCUAUUGCCUUUAUUCACUCGGUGGAACGAUGGGGUGCUGAGGUGGUAUAUGGCGACACUGACAGCUUAUUCGUCUAUCUCAAAGGCCGCACUCGCGAUCAAGCUUUUGAUAUUGGCGAGGAAAUUGCACAAGCAGUAACAGGUAUGAAUCCUCGCCCGGUGAAGCUCAAAUUCGAGAAAGUCUACCACCCCUGCGUCCUUCUGGCCAAGAAGCGAUACGUCGGCUUCAAAUACGAGCACCGGGACCAGAAAGAGCCCGAGUUCGACGCCAAGGGCAUCGAGACUGUGCGACGCGAUGGAACACCUGCAGAACAGAAAAUCGAAGAGAAAGCUCUGAAGAUUCUGUUCCGAACAGCAGACUUGAGUCAAGUGAAGUCUUAUUUCCACCGCCAAUGCAGCAAAAUCAUGCAGGGCCGUGUCUCCAUCCAGGAUUUCUGUUUUGCCCGAGAGGUCCGGCUAGGAACAUACAGCGAUCGUGGCCAGCUCCCCGCGGGUGCGAUGAUCAGCACAAAGCGCAUGCUUGAGGACCCUCGCCAAGAGCCUCAGUACGGUGAGCGCGUGCCCUACGUUGUCAUCACCGGUGCACCGGGCUCACGUCUCAUCGAUCGGUGUGUGGCGCCCGAGGAACUCUUGCACGACGCUCAGCUCGACCUCGACGCUGAAUACUAUAUCACCAAGAACUUGAUCCCACCUCUGGAGCGCAUUUUCAACUUGGUGGGCGCCAACGUGCGUCAGUGGUAUGAUGAAAUGCCCAAGGUCCAACGGAUUCGUCGCGUCGAGGCGGCUUCUUCUUUAACUGGUCCGAACAAAGGACUUGGCACGCUGAAAAAGACUCUAGAGUCAUAUAUGCGCUCAUCGUCUUGCAUCCUUUGUAAAGCCAAGCUGUCCGAUGCCACUGUGCCUGUAUGUGGUGAUUGUUUGCAAAAUCCCCACCUUGCCCUACUGGACGUUGUCUCGCGGCUACAGCGGGCGGAGAAACGUGUCGUUGACCUUGAAGCUGUGUGUCGGUCCUGCAUGGGCGUGCCGGCUGGUGAUGAGAUUCGCUGCGAUAGCAUGGAUUGUCCUGUGUAUUACUCUCGUACCCGGGAUGCGGCGCACUGGCGACAUUCUCGGGCUGUCCUCGAGCCUGUCGUGGAACUGCUAGAAAAGAAAGGAGAUGAGGGGUUGGAUUGGUGA